AUGACAGCGCUACGAGAGGAGAUAAGAGAGGCAGUAUUGUCAGUGCUACCGUAUUUGCCUGAGGAGACACUUUCAUCCCUCCUGGACAAGCUAGCAAUUGUGGGAGGAGAGGGAAAGCCAGACCUUCAAUUUCUUAAAGAACAAGACCUACAGGAGCACAUCAGACCAAUACAAUGCCGGAAGCAGCUAAAUGCAUGGAGAUUUGAAGACCUGAAAAGCUUCGCUGAUACAACGAAAGAUGGCACUACAAUUGGGAGUGGUUAUGGAUCCCUCUUAAUAAAUCAGAUGAAAACACGCGUUGAGCAUAAGAAUCGUGAUAACCCUCUGCUCAUGCAAGCAACAUUUGAAUUACAGCGCUAUGCCAUCAACGCUAGCCCAACACCUAAGGUAGCAGAGCUGAAUAGUAAGUGGCCAUACCUUUUCACACAGAAGACACUCUACAACAACUUCAAGUUACUGACAGAUGUCUCAAUCCUGGAAAAAAAAUUAUGCAACGAUGGCAGAAAAAGGAAGGAUUUUCACACAAUACUUCUGCUACAAACCAACAAAUUAAGAGGUUCGGCACAUCCUGUCAAGGUGUCAGCCACAGCCACAGAUGUGGAGGGAUCAAUUCCCUUGUCGGACUCACCAAGACUGAUUGUUCAAGUUAAUGUCUUUAAAAAAAAAUUCUCAUUCUACUUCAGCCAGCAGUACCAAGAGGAGGCUUCACGCACCCUGGAGUUCAUCUAA